GCAUGAUUCCGAACGGCCAGACAUACCGGUAGUCUUCCACCCUCUCCCGCGAUGCCUGCCACUACCGGUAGCCGCUAGCCAGCAAUCACAAUGACGUGAGGCAAUGGCACCAACGGAUCCUCUUCCAGAAAGCUAGUCAAUCGAUCGAUUGGUCGCUAUCUAGACCGCCGAGACCUGUUGCUAUUCGAUACCGGCAACAUAAUUGAAAAAGGGAGGGAGGGAGAGAGUCCAUCUCCCCAAGGAAUGAAAGCCUUUCGGAUAUUUUAUUCACGAUAGCCGAUUGCGAUGCGCCGAUAUCCGCUCUGCUGGCCAUGGAUUGUUGGAUUGGCACUGUUCUUGGCGUUCGUGGGGUUCGCCUGCCGAACUCCGACGUGGCUACCUAUCAAGGGCGGUUGGGCGCGUGUGAGGAAGGGUUUUGCUGGUUAGCUUAAUGCUUGGUUCGAGUGUCGGCGGGAGUGUAUUCGGGGCGAGUGAGAAUGUCUGCGGUUGUGCUGGCCGCUCAAUGUUGGGGUGGGGUAUCAUAUGAUACUCGUACAGUUAUUGAAGGCCUGAACAUGCGGGCGCGCGAUCAAGACUCGCGAGGAGCUAAUGAUUCCCAGGGUUGGUACGGGUAUGGCGCAUUAGCAUGCGUGAUUGGCUGGAGUUCUAACCUUAAUAGUCGUUAUCUCAGCAAUGAUGCCGAUCGUGUCCCGCGAGAACUCUGGUGCGGUGCUGAGCUCUUCACUGUAUGAUUCACCAUACGGCCCCCGUUGCACCAGAAAAAUUCGAGUAAUUGACAGGUUGGCCGUGAGCUAUCGGCUAUGUUCCAAACUAACAUAACGACUUUAUCACUCGCCGUCCCACCCCACCAGCACCUCCGCCCACUCGACCGGGUCCCGCAAUUGGCCACACAUCUUUCCACCACCAUCCACCUACACCCCCUCGGAGCAUUGGAUAUUCCAAAACCAUCCCCAAUACUGUAUCAUACAGUAUUCUCUUUCGCUCUGUGGGUAUUAGAUGUCCUCAAUGACGCCGAAUGACAUACCCAUUGAGGCCGGAGUGACGGCAUGCCUGGCGGGGCUUUCCUGAUGCCGCAGUAUACAUAUAUACGCCCUCCCUAUCCCGCGAGAGCCCCCCGUCUUCCAUCGCACCCUUUUUUUCCUACCCCUUCUUUGAUAAUUUGUGAAGGAUAUAUACCCAUCCUUACUCGAUCUAUUGCUGCCGCUGCACGAUGGAUUUGUCAAUGGAGGAGCUUUCGGGGGUUCUGCGAGCGCGGGCGAACGAGGUUUUCCGUGACAAUCCGAAGAUCGCGGAUAAUAACAUCACGACUCAUGGUGGGGUACUUCUCUUUUAAUUUAAGGCUGUGAGGUCGUUAUUUGGUUGGGCCCCGGAGGCUGACUUGAAGGCGGUGUGUGGCUAAGGCUCGGAUUGGUUGUGGUCCGUAACGGCUUUUCACGCCUUCAUCCUUUUGGGCGUGAUCAUUUGGACGUACGCGACGAGUCCUCGACGCCGUGUGUUUCAUUACUUUUCGAUCGCCAUAUUGCUGGUCGCUACGAUUUACUACUAUGCUAUGGCUAGGUAGGUUUUCACCUGGCAAAGUGCGUUACCUAUACGUGCUAAUGAUAAUAUUUCUUUUGAAGCAAUCUGGGCGGACACGCCGUUCCCGUCCAAUUCAGACUUGAUGGAUUACCGGGCCGAACUAGACAGGUAUUCUGGGUGCGCUGGAUCGGAUACUUUAUCAAUUUCAGUUUGAUCUUCUUUGCACUGUUGCUGCUGUCUGGUGUUGGAUGGGCUUCUAUCCUAUUGUUUGUGACCUACCACAUCCUACUCGAUUGUCAAUUUCUCGCUGACGCUGAGGGGGGGGGGUAACUUAUAGCACAAUCGGGUUGACAAUGCUUUGGGCGACAAUGCUACUCGUGGGCGGUCUCGUCCAUUCGGAUUAUAAAUGGGGAUUCUAUGUCUUUGGUGUAAUGAUCUACUUCUUCAUCAUCUGGCAAGUGCUUGGCGUUGCUAGGAAGUAUGCCAGUAAGGUAGAUACGGGCGUUCACAAGAUAUUUUCCGGACUAGCGGCCUACACGCUAUUCUUCAUGUAAACCUCUUCCCCUUCUGCUCAAUAGUUUCAACCGCUCACCCGCACUUUCUCAGGCUCCUGUAUCCCGCCUCCUGGGGCCUCUCUGAAGGCGGAAACGUCAUGCAAAACGACUCGGGGGCCGUCUUCUACGGAGUCCUGGACGUAUUUUCCCAGGGCGUGUUCGCCCUAGCCCUAAUCUUCGCCACGAGGAAUAUCGAUUUCGAGCGUAUGAGGCUGGAGUUUACGGAGUAUGGUCGUGUCCAUGACCACGGUCGUUGGAAUCGGCACGAGAAGGGGUCACACCAUAAUGGACAUAACACCAUGCAUGACGGCGCAGCAUUACCCGGCGGAGGGACCGGAGGGAAUAUGGUUUAGUUUUGGAUGUUUUCUUUUUUUUUAUCUUUUUCUUUAUCUUUUUCUCGUGAGGUUGGGUAGGUUGGUGGGGGGAGGGAGAUAUUAUCAUACCAAGGUUUUGAAAAUAGUUGGAUUUACGGCCGUGGUGGGUUUAAUUGUAAUGGAAAAGUUAUAUACAAGUAUGAAUUGUG